UGUUUGUCGCUGGAGUCUCAGUUUGUCUUCUUCUGGAGAAAGACGCAGUUUCACCGUCACUUCAACAAACGGAGAAAAUCACUAUGAAGAUCCUGCUUUUACUGGUUCUGCUGGGAAUACACAGCGCGAGCGCAGGAAUUCACUCUCUGAAGUAUUUCUACACUUCAUCAUCUGAAGUCCCAAACUUCCCACAGUUUGUGACUGUUGGUUUGGUUGAUGAUGUUCAGAUAUCUUACUAUGACAGCAACACAAUGCAAGAAGUACCCAAACAGGACUGGAUGAGGAAGAACACAGAUCCACAGUACUGGGAGAGAGAGACUGAGAUCUCUUUGGGUACCCAGCAGACCUUCAAAGCCAACAUUGAAAUUGCAAAGCAGCGCUUCAACCAAACUGGAGGUGUUCACAUUGUCCAGAGAAUGUAUGGCUGUGACUGGGAUGAUGAGACUGGAGAAGUUAAUGGUUAUAAUCAGUAUGGUUAUGAUGGAGAAGACUUCAUAGUAUUGGACCUGAAGACAGAGACAUGGAUCGCUCCAUCAUCACAGGCUGUCAUCACCAAAAACAAAUGGGAUGCUGAUAAAGCUCAACUUGCUCAAAAGAAAAACUACCUCACCCAGUUGUGUCCUGAGUGGUUGAAGAAGUACGUAGAGUAUGGGAAGAGCUCUCUGCAGAGAACAGAGCUUCCCUCAGUGUCUCUCCUCCAGAAGUCUCCCUCCUCUCCAGUGACCUGCCACGCUACAGGUUUCUACCCAAACAAAGCCUUGUUGUUCUGGAGGAAAGAAGGAGAGGAGCUUCAUGAGGACGUGGACCACGGAGAGACUCUGCCCAACCAUGACGGAACCUUCCAGAUGAGCACUGACCUGCGAGUGUCAUCAAUCCCACCUGAGGACUGGAGGAAGUAUGACUGCGUGUUCCAGCUCUCUGGUGUGAACGAGGACGUUGUCAAAGUACUGGACAAAGACGCCGUCCAAUCCAACAGAGUGAAGCCAAUGGACACGACCAUCAUCAUCAUCGUUGCAGUGGUUGUUCUUAUCGCCAUCAUCUUCGCUGCCGCUGCUUUCUUCUUGUACAGAAGAUUCAGUGCCAAAUCCGCCCCAUCUCCUGCGAGCAGCACUGAGGUGCAGCAGCUGAACACUGAGAGAGAAUAAAUGACAAAUACAUCACCGUUCCUUUGUUCACAGAAUCAUCUCAUCCACUGGAACAAGGAGUGAUGUCACCAAAGGGAAAUAUUGAUUCUCAGUCUAAUCAGAAAUUACUGAUUAAUCAGAAAACUACUGAUUGAUCAUUUUAAAUUAUCAAUGACAAAUCUUCAUCAUUGUCAACACUUAUUUCACAGUAAAUACAAAGGAAUCUGGUGAAAUGUUGGCAUUCAAUCUGUCAAUCAAAUCAGGAGUUUUUCUCAAGUCAAACACAAUGUUGACAACAAUGAAAGCAUCACAACUCUGUUUGCACACAAACACAUUCUUGAAAUCUUUGUGUGAUCGUCCAAAACAAAUCCACACAUAGUUCCACCUUCAUAUUCCUGGUGUUGGGUAUCGUCAUGGAAACCAUGAGAAAUAGCACAACUCUGACUAUAUAGACUUUCUUUUCAUUCUCUGGUUGUGUAAAAUCACUGGGGACAACAGUGUAAGUCCAUCAGCGUCGUUCAAUCACACAUUUACAACGUGGUAUAGAGACUGUAGAUUAGCUGCAGGUGUCAUUGUGCUUUUAUUUGUGGCACAAUGUUUUGCCUCUUUACUCAACAAGAUAGAAAAUGAUUGGACACAUUUCCACCUGGUUUGUGUUGCAUCUCUAAACUCACCGAUAGUUCCAUUUGCAGAAAAUCUCUUUCUUCACUAUAUACACGAUGCCACAUGUUAAUAAUAAUAAUAAUAAUAAUAAUCAUUCAGUGAUGUAUCGGCUGUAGAUCCAAGACACAAACACACAUUAAACAAUAAUGAUUUUCCAGUUAAAUAUUUGGCUUGCAUAUUUCUUUAAAUGUUAAAAAAAUAUAUAUGUAUUUUUAGGAUCUGAGUGAUAAUUAUCAAUAACAUGUUUAUUAUUGCUGUUAUAAUAUGUUUUGGUGUGUUGAUUGUAUUUUAAUCAAAUGAGUUAAUAAAAUAGGUGUGGUUUUUUUUAAAUUGAAUAAUUAUUUUAUGUGUUUUGGUUAAAUGAAUUAACGUUAAAAUAAGUUGCACUGUUAUUUCUUUCCUUUUUUUAACUUGUAUCUUGCUUUUCAAUAUUCAAUAAAUCCCCUGAUUUUCCAAAUUGA